AUGAGACAGAUGAAUAGACAUAUAAAGAAGAUGAAGAGAAAAUCUCACCGUCGAAAAUCUCAUGAUGUUCCUCCCUCACAUCAGAGCGGUGUUGAUCCUUCACACGUCAAACCAAGCGAUGUCCACCCGCCAACUGACAAGGAUUUGGAUGCUACUUCUACAGAUGAUCAUGAGGAGCCCCACUCACCUAUAAUUAGUCAGUAUGCAGCUCAUCUCCACCGUCAGGCUAAUGAAAACAUGAACACGAAUGGCCAUCUCUCAGCUGAGGACACUGGUCUGACCACUGAUGAACUCAAUCCUAGAGACCAGGAUGGUGAUGGUAUGGAAACCAACAUCGACACCAUCCACGGCUCACCUCAUCCAAGUUCAGAGGAUGACAUGAAUUCCACUGACCAGGAUGUGGAUGAUCUGGCAAACAAUCAAGACACCAUCCACACCUCACCUGAGCAGAACACUCACGAUCAAAAUUCUGAUGGCGACCAGGGAGUGGAUGAUAUUGACCAUGGCACUGAGGAUGUCCACAAUUCCAAGGCGUGCCAGAUGUUUGUUCUUGUCCCACAUCAGCAUCAUCUGGAUGACCAGCCUGUGGACCAUCAGCCUCAGUCACCUACAACAAGCCAGAAUGAGACAGCCAAUGAACCUCAGGACCAGACUACCCCCAUUCAGAAGUCCUCGGAGACUAGAACUUUUGGGAAACUAUACCCAGGACAGUGGGACCCACCGUCUAAAAUCUACGAUAAAGCUGAUCACCCUGACAGCCCCGAGAUUAAUCACCUACUAUAUCAUGGUCUCAGGAUUUACGACAAAACGGAUGUUAGCCCAGAGACGCCACAUUCGACAGGUCCAAUAUUCGACCAAACGGCUGGUCCAUCUUCUCCUCCAGGAAAAAGGGUGCGGUUGUCUCCACUACCUUUCACUCCACUCACAUCACCGGUCAAGAGCAAUGAAAGUGGUCUUGGUUUCGCAACCCACGCAACAACACCCAAUGCGUUUAAAGCCACAGCUUCGUCCAACUCGCCUCCUCCCUUCGGACGUCACACUUCUGAUCCCUUCGUCGAUCUCACAACAUCUAAAGACCCACCGAGAUACGUUCCAUCUACGCUCGAGAACCUUCUCGCAAAGGAAUUUUUCAACUCCCCAAUAAUUCCGGCUUUGGGUCUCAUCACCCCUCUCCCAGAGAGAGAAUGGGACAUUUUCCAAAGCAUUCUCAAAAACCACAUCGAUGUGUACCAUAGCACUCCAUUUCAAUUCGAGUUUACAAACAAAUCUCUUCUCGAAAUUGCGCAGCCUAAGCACUGGACAAACGAAUAUGAAGAUGUCGACGAUUUCAAGCUUUCCACAACAACAACUUUGGAAAAACAGGCAAAACAAAUCCAGCAAACCCUACAACAAAUCAAAAUGCUGGUGGAUGCUAACACUAAAUCUAAGGACAACUCAGCUUUGACAGAUACACUCGCGCCCGCCCAGGUCUCCUCUUCGGUCAAUUCAUUGACCAACAUCGCAGUUGCAGCCAUUACACUUGGCACAAUGGCAUGGAUCUAUGCUAGGAUUACCGACUAG